CAGUCCUCACUGGUCACUACAAACUGAUGCGAGACAGUUUCUCACGAUUCAACCACAAAACAAUUUUAUUAUAUCUUUCUAUAAAGCAAUCAUGGUGAACUUUAAUAAAUUUUUAAAUGGAUCAAACAUCAAGGGGUUUCUACUCUUGUUGCUGUUAGCAAUGGCCGAGCUAGCCUGUGAAGCCAAGACGAUUUAUAAAACCGUAGGCUCUGAUUACAUAUGGCCCAGCGAUCAGGCUGGUCAGGGACAGGGUCGCAAAAAUGGUCAUGGAAAUGUAAAAUCAGCUUGGAGAACUCAAAAGGGUAUAAGUGGACCACGAAACAAAAAUUGUGAUUUCACGUGGGAAUCGGUUAAAGGAGAAGAAUACCAACAACCGGAAUUUUAUCUUGUAGCAGUGUGUAAUGAUUGUCCCGAGUCCUGCGAACCUGUUACCUACCCUUUAUGGGUGCGAAUCAAUAAUCCGGAAAACAAGCAUUGGAAAAAAAAAGAUAUUACGGUAGCUUUUGUACACAGCCAUUAAAAUAGAUACGUGCAUGUAUGCAGUUUUUUGGGUAAACCCAGAAAUAGGAUGUAUUUUCCAUGAAAAGUAUUUAAAUGACAUUAUUUAUCUUAAUAGUCUAAGUAGAACAUAAUAUAGAUAUAUAUAUAUAUAUAUGCAUGCAUGCAUGAGUACAAUAUUUUAGAAAUAGCAUGGACAGCUUUGCAGUAGAAAAUAACAAAAAAUUGGUUGUUUCGAAUAGGAUUUGAGCAAUGAAUUUUUUGUUGUUUCAGAAUAAAACCAUUAUGAUAUUUUAUACCUAUUUUAUCUUAUAAAGUGGAUACGAAAAAAUCGAUUGAUAUAUCUAUAUUAAAAUAUAUCUUAAUAUAUUAUAAUAUAUUAAAAUCAAAAAAUUAAUCCGUUAUAAGAUUGCAAUUUUGUCUUAAUUAUAAAUAAGAGUAAUUUAUAUUUAUUAUUUAUACAUAUUAUUAGUUAAAGA